ACUGUUUGAGUUGCAAGAAAAAUGGAUUCGCAGGACACCACUACUGAGAAAGAUGACAUGGAAGACACAAUGUCAUCAGAUGUCUCUCAUAGUGAAAAAACUUCAGAGGAUCAAGUAGCAGAGGAUACUUUGGACAUGGAAAAAGGAUCAGAAUCUAGUCAGAAUGAAAUAGGGAAGAGAAAAAGAAUGGAAGAAGAUGACAGUCCAGCAGAGAAAAGAAGUAAAUCAGAUGAAGAUGACGAUGUGAACAAUGCUAAAAGUGAACCAGACAAGGACAAUACUGUAAAGGAAACAGAAGAAAAUGUGGGCGAUGAUUCUGAACAGAAAACAGAUUCUGAGGACAAGGAACAGAAUACAGAGGAAAAGGUGUCCACCCAAAAUACUGAAGGUUUAGCAGAAAAUACUGAUAGUGUGGAGAUGAAAGAAAAUUCUGAAGGUGAGAAGACUGAAAGUACUGAUCCAGGGGAAAAUGAUAUCAGUGAUUCUUUAGAGAUUCAGUCAAAUAAAGAAAAUGAAGACAAGUCAGAAAAGAUGGAAGAAGAAGAUGGUGAUGAUGUAAAAACUUCAGAAAAGGAAGAGGACCCACAAGAUAUUGAUGAGAGAAAUGGUGAAAGUGACAGUGUGAAAUCUUUAGAAAGUGAAAGUUUAAAAUCAUCAAAAGAUAGCAUUGAUGAAAAAGGAUCUGAGGGGUUAGAGGAGGCUUUCUCAGUGAAAUCAGAGGAUAGUGAGAAGGAGAAUAGACGGACAGAUGCUGAAACACCUAUAGAUCUUUCAACAAAGGCAGGAAUUCCUAACGGGAAUGGUGGGAUGGAUGUCAUAAUGCUGUCAGACUCUGAUGAGGAAUUAAUGAAUGGUGUCAUAAAUGGAGAUGUUAGUGAUCUUGAUGAAUGUGAAAUACGUAAAAGACGAAAAAUGGUAAAACGCUUGCAGGCAGAACUAAGAAACGAAGAAGCCAAGUUGAUAUUACUGAGGAAGAUGCGCCAAAGCCAAGUAUCUUCGUCGUCUGUUCAGGAGAAGCCCAAACAACAGCAUGCUCAACCACCUCCUUUAGUCAGGCCAGGCCAACAGGCUGGUCAGGCAAGACCUGCUCAUAGUCAGCCUCCACAGCUUAUGCGCAGCAACAAUCAGGGUCCUUCUAAUAGAAGCCACCAACAGGGUCCACCACCAUUGGUUAACAUGAGGGGACAAAAUAUACCCAAUGGAAACAGUCUCUCACAACAGAUGCGUUAUCAAAGCUUGACUGGCCAGUCCAGUUCACGCAAUAUGUAUGGAUCAAGUUCACAGGGGAACCAGAAUAGUAAUGCUCAGGUGGAUACUCAAACACCUGCACAACGACAAGCUGCUGCCAAAAUGGCUCUUCGAAAACAAUUAGAGAAGACUUUGUUGCAGAUCCCACCUCCUAAACCACCACCCCCAGAGAUGAACUUUGUACCAAGUCUGUCAAAUAAUGACUUUAUAUACCUGCUUGGUUUAGAAGAAGCAGUGAAUUACAUAAUUGAUGCUAAUCUAAUAUCUAAAGGACAGAAAAAUCCAGACGAGAAGAUGGUGUGUAAUCCUUUCACAUGUGUCCAGUGUGGCACGGAUUUCACACCUGUGUGGAAGCGUGAAAAGGCUGGUUCUAAGAAUGUGAUCUGUGAACACUGUGUGACAACUAAUCAGAAGAAAGCUCUGAAACAGGAACACACAAAUCGUCUUAAGAGUGCUUUUGUUAAAGCUCUCCAACAAGAACAGGAGAUCGAGAGAAUGCAGGCUCAGGAAAAAAGCUCGGGAUCUUCCCAUAGUUCCCCUUCUCCAGUUAAUAACUCCUCCUCCAAUGGUGGCUCGAUGAAUCUUCCAACGAGUUCAGCCUCAUAUAAAGCUACAACAGAGGCUAUAAGACAUCAUCAGAACUUCCUACAAGCCCACCAGGCUGUUACUGCGCACCAAGCAGCACUACGAAUGGGACAGCCUCUAGGACUAGCCCCCUUCGGGGCCCCUGGACCUUUUCCCUACCAGAUACCCUUUGGAGGUGCAAAAGCCAGUGAUCUUAGCUCUCUACAAAGGAAAUACUUGUUAGAUAUGAUUCCUCCAAAUAGAUGGAGCAAAUGAACAUAGAGUGAAUUUUUUAAGGAUUGUGAAAUGGGGAUUGGAUUUUUUAGUGAUCUGCAGUGUAAUAUAAAGAGUAAGUGAAUUGAUGAUCUCAUGUGUUAAUCUAUAUGUUUGCCUGGAUUCAUGUUUCACUGACAGGAUUAAAAAAUUUAAACUCUGUGAAAAUGAAAAAAUUGUUAUUAGUAGUGCUACAUGGCAGGGUUUACAAGAUUUCACAUAUAUAGGUGUAUUGUGUCAUUUGUUUGUGUGUGUGUGUGUGUGUGUGUUUUCUCCUUUUUAGAAUUUUGCAAAAUGGGAAAAAAAUUGUAUGAAGUGACAGAACAUGAUGAAGGAAUUUUUAACAUUCAUGGAAAAUUAGACAAAAAAAUUUCACUUGGUUACCCUACUGACCCAGAUAAUAUCUAGUUGAAAGUCAAAUCAUGGGGACUUUCCUUACUUGCAUAUUUAUUGUAUUUCAAGAUUUAUACAGGCUCUGUGCAUAGUAAGUAUUUAUUGAAAUUCUUGAAGACACAAAUUCUUUGCUGUUCAAAUUUUUGUGGGCAGCCUGAACUCCAUUUUGGCAACUUAAAAUUCUUUAUUUGGUCGCACAAAUACGAAGUCUAUUAAAAUAUGAAGUAUUAUGAGCCCUGUCGAAGAGAUAUAAAAUGAUGCAUGGUUACAUUGUCUGACUUGUUUAAUGAAGCAGUAGUUCACAGUGAAUGGGGUAUGAUUGUAAGUGUGUUAACCUACACUGCCACAGCAUUGAGCAAGUCACUUCCUGAAUUACUUAUAUAGCACAGGUAAUACUACAGAGUAGCAAGUUAGCAACUAGUAUUUAAGUCUAGUGCCAAAUAGUGCUACAAAGUUUGAAAUGGUUAAAUAUUUCCUCUGGUAAGGAAAUUAUGUCCAGAAUUUUGUAUGUCUUAGUUUAUGCUGUAUGAUUUAAGCUAGCUUAAAGACAAGUCUCUUAGUAUUAAUUGGUACAUAUGGUGAUUGAGAUGUGUGUGAUUGUAUAUGUUUGUAACUUUGACAUCUCUGUUGUGUGUAAUACAGCUGUUACAAUAACAGCAGAUGUGAAAUGUUGGUAUGUAGCACAUGAGUCGGGUGUAGACUUCAGAGAUUGGUGUACAGGUUAGGCCAAGAAUGAAGAAAAUGCCAAAUCUUAUGUAAGAUGUAUUUAUUAUUUAUUUGUUGUAUGAUAUGUAGGAUGAUUCUGGUAGCAAUAACAAUGUCACUUUAUUUUGUGGUCAGAAGCAUUGAGAUUAUGGGAAAAAAAUUGUUCCAAGUUCUGAAUACGACCAAAUGGAUGGUUCACAGAAAUCAGAGUGGUAAAUUUGUACCUCGUCAUGAAAACUUCUUUUGUAUUUUGUAGUUUUCAAAUUAUUUAAGAGUGUUUAAAUAUUUUUUAUUCAGUCUACCUAUUGUCUGAGAAUGAUGUUUUAAUAAAGGGCAUCAGCAAAGACACUGUCUAGACAUUUUGUAGUGUAUUUCUUUUUCAUUCUGUAUGUUCCAAGUUUUGCAAGUUAUUUAUUUUAUAUGGAACAGAUCACUUUCAUUUCAUUUACAUUUAUUUUGUGUCUCGGUAUCUUUUCAUGCAUAUGAACAGAAAUUUGUCGUAUGUAAAUCUAUCAAGUGACAUCUAUAGAAAAAUUGUGUUCCAAUAAACAAUAGUGUACAUUA